CUUCCUUCUCUCGCCGUUAUAAGGUAUGACAAUUCUCUUAGACUACUUCAGUUUAGUAGAUCUGCAAUUCUGGUAAUUAGGGUAUAUGAGAUUUGUAAGAUUUUCAGAUCUACCCAAAAAAUUGUAAGAUUUAAUUGAUUUAUGUUUGAUUGAAUGGUCAGAUCUACUUACCGAGCUUCAUCUUCUUAACCGUAGAUAUGCCUUAUAGUUACUCUCAACCCUCCACAUCCGUAGAAAGUAUCAACAGUGGAUGCCGAAAUGCGGACGCCAAUUAUGGUGUUCCCAAGAGGUGUUUCUGCGGUUUAAUGGUCAAGCUUGAGCGGUGUAUAACAGGACAGCGACAAGGAGAGCGCGUAUAUAGAUGCCCAUUGCUUACGGAUGGAGACGAAUAUAAGGUUAAUCGAGAUCACCUAGUUCAGUGGUGGGAUUGUGCGGUUACGGAGGAGCUGUCCAAGAUAAACCUACGAUUUGACGUUUUAACCUCUCUUGAGGUUGCGAGGGGUGGAUUUCCACCUGCUUUGGAGUCGAUCCGGGAAACUCUUCGUCUUAUGCGUGAAGAAAUUGAUGCCCUUAAAGCGAGGUUAGCCACAAAAGAAGUCGAGAUUGCGAGGCUUAAGGGGUUACUUUCAAGUUGGUAAUAAUAUUGUAUGAUUACCACCUAGUCUUUGUAUUUGUAUUUUGGAUAUGAAUUUGUAUUUUGGAUAUGGAUUUGUGUUUUCAUGAAGUCUUAUUAGUAGUUGUACCUGCAGUAAUGCUAGUUGUACUUGGUUCAACCGGUACAACUCCGACUUAUAUGUAUUUACUAAGUAUUUUUAAUAGUAGUUGUCCCAGGUUUAUAA